AUGGCAACGCUAACUCAGACGCCACCCACUGCAGCCUUAAACCGAUUAAAUAAUAACAAUAGUUGGAGUGAUCCCAUACAAAAUAAACCUAACUUAGCAUUGAACAGCCUCAAUUCAAUAAACCGUCCUGAUUCACUUAAAACUACACUUUCUCUUUACAAUGCCAUUUUCAGUGAUGACGACGAUGAUGAUACCUCACCACCCCACAUUUUAGGCAAUUAUUAUCCGACAGCUAAAUUGAAGCAUCCAAUUUCCUCCUCCUCCUCCUCUAGUGGUUCUGUGAAUAAGCAUCCUAUCAACAGCCCCAAUACAUUAAGACCAACGAACUCUCCUGCUGCUGCUGCUUCUACUGCUAUUGAUAACGGCACUACUAAAUCUUCAAUCUAUUCAUCAAGGUAUAAUGCAGCUGCUGAAUCAUCAUUUUUAACAGCUUCUUCUUAUCACGUACAUCAAGCUGAUAAUGCACUAAAAACAUUAAAGCGCAUUAUUUUGGAGGAUGAUUGGAAAAAAGUUCUCAAGCAUAAAAGUGGCGUAAUGGUUCAUAUGAAAAACGGAAUGGAUAAAGAUGAUAAAACGCCUAUCUUCAAAGGCGAAGCUGUUAUUCAAGGAUUCUCACCACAAUCUAUCUUUUAUGUCGUUGGAAUGCGCAAAUUAUGGGAUGAGCAGUAUGAAGAUGGUAGCCUUGUUGAGAAUCUGACUGAUACAAUAUCAUUGACCUAUGAAGCCAUGAAACCUACACCUACUCAGAAAUCGCGGGAUUCGGUUUUAGUCGAAAAGAUUGAAUGCACACAGAACGGAGCUAUUAUAUUCGCAUGUACAAGUGUAGAAACUCCUCGUAUACCAAAAGUAAAUGGUAGGACCCGUGCUAAUAUAAAGUUGCAAGGCUGGAUAUUGGAGCCUCUUUACGGAGGUCCUAGACCCGCGACAAAAGUGAUUUAUGUUGUUCAAGAAGCCAUGAAAGGCUGGGUACCAGGAUUUGCGAAAAAGACUUUGGCCCGACGACCUUUGGUCAUCGCUAAGGUUGCUGAGUAUUUAGAGAAAAAGACAAAUCGUCUGCGAUCGCAACAACAGCAACAAAAUCAACAAGUGAAAAGUGGGAGCACUUUCUUUCAAACUUUCACAGGAGGCCGUCGUCGAAGACCAUCUAUUAUGAGUAGUAGUAAUAGUAACAGCUGUAGUAGGCCAAAGGCGCCGCCACUCUCCUCUCCCUUGUUACCCGCUUUUCCAUCAUCGCAGUCCAAUGGUUCAACCGGCUUUCUGUCACAGUCUAGCCCGUCUCUAUCGGCACUAAAGCCUGCCCCUUCACAGCGCAGUAGGAAUGGUUCCCUCUUACUCCAACAGCAACAAUUACCACAACAGCCUUCAUACAAUAUAAAUGAUAACGCAGUGAAUACUACCGCUGCUUAUUACGCCGGUGACAAAAAAAACGUCUCUUUUGCGCAGAACAUUAUAGCUUAUCCGCUGAAGAAUGAACCUCACGAGUGUCAUGAUGAAAUUACGAACAGCAACAGGAAUAACACAUUAUUUGCUGCUACUGAAUCAAUAGCAGAAGAUCAAUCAAACACUAUUCAUAACAAACUGACAAAGGCACAGUUGGAAAAGUCAACCGGAGGUCUUUAUUCCUCUCAUCGGCAUCCAAUUCAGAAAGUCGAGAGUCUUCAAUUACUUAAACGACUUAGUCUCACUACAAACGACUGGUCUCUCGAGAAAGAAUCUGAAGAGGGUUGUAAGCAUUACAUAUUCAACGCUCAUAUUUCUUCAAGUGAGGAAGAGGAUGACUUGACAUCUUUAUUACAUGAGUACAAUGGCUCUACUAUAAAUGGCAACACACCCUCGCGUUCAACACGACGAUUAUCCUUCAUCAGAGUAGACGGUGUUAUUGAAGGUAAAUGGACAGCAGAGCAGCUUUGCUCAGUCGUUUGUAAUUUUGAGGCAAGAAAGAUCUGGGAUUUUUCUUUUGAAAAUGCUCGUCGGAUGGAUAGAUUUAGUCAAAAGGAUUAUUUGGAACAAUGGAUACUGAAGCAUGCCAAUACUGCUGUUUCUUUACCAAGUAUGGAUAUGGCUGUUAUCACGAGUCUAGAAACAGAUCCUGUGACAGGAACAGUCUAUGCAGCUUCCACCAGCGUUGAUGAUCCUCAACUCCCUCCUCCUUUCAAUUUUCGAAAUACAAUUCAAAACUGUAUUCGUACUGAAACUGAUCUCUAUGGUUGGGUAUUUCGUCCGCUUUCUAAAAAGAAACAGCAGCGGCAUGGCGAUGACAACGCCGUCUCAUCCAUUCAUGUAUCUUUUAUCUGCAACAUGAAUUUUAACUAUAACUUUUCCAACCAAGUAUUGCAAGCUUGGAUCAAUGCUUCUUAUCGAUCAAUAAGUCAGCUGAAACAUUAUUUAGAUCAUUAUGGCUGUCCUCCCUACAUUCGGCGUGUAGCGGGCAAAGUUAUCAAAGAAGAAUUUGAUCCAUUCAAGAAGCGCUGUCAGAUCAAAUAUAUUGCGAAACAUCAGCCGUCGGAUUCUUACCGCCAACGUAAAGAACGUCGACAGCAGCAGCAAAAACCGAAUCACAAUAACAAAUCCGCGUCAGCAGCAACAGCAUCGUGGUGUACUGAUGUUCGUUUUGAUCGUCAAAUGUAUCCUACUGGUGUAGAUAUUUGUAUUACUCCCGCGAGCGCGACCCAUAUCCAGGUAUCUACAAAAGGCCAAACAUCCGUCAAGAUCUUCACUAUCGACGAGUCUAUCGAAGGAGAAGAAGUGACAUUCUCGAUGCUGCCACUAGUUUCUGAACCGGUAUCCGCUUCGAAUGGGAAUGUGCCUUUGCACACGCGGUAUGCAAUUAACGGCACUUUGUUCCCACAAACAAAGCGGAUGGCCAAUGCUACAGUAGCCGCUACAACUGCUACUGAAGUAUUUUCCAAUCACGGUCUUCGACGUGAGCAUAUCAAUGGCUCACCAACGCCUUCUGCUGCAGUUUCAGAUAAUGACAAUUCUUCAGCGUUAAAUCCUUCAUCUAAAGCUAUUACUGUCUUAGAUCUUACAUCUGUAAACAAGAAGAGCCUGAACGACGACAAAGGCAAGUCCUCAACCAGUUAUCGGAAGAAAUAUAAGAAUGACAGCUUUUUAGAACAGGGUCGGCGUGUAAAGCAGUAUAAAGAGCGAGACUCUAUCCGUAAAGAGACACAUACUGGGCCCAAUUCGGAACAUAGUAGUAAGGAUCCCGGAUUUGUGAAUAUUCCUAAAGGAUAUGUGCUCGUUUCUGAACAUCAAAAUAACAAUAUCAUUUCGAUCACUGAUGAAUUAUCAUUCAAUGGACAGCAGUUGUCUUUCAUAUUCUUAGUUAUGGUGCUUUGUUACUAUAUGGGCAAAUUCUCUUCCUGUAGUGCUUCUUAA